UCGUGGACCACAUUGUUAUCCGCUUGUAUGAAGCUUGGUGAAUCGGAGUACGCUUUUUGGAUGUUUGAUAGAAGUCCGCAAGAAAAUGUUGCAAUUUGGAAUGCGAUAAUAACUGGUUUCGCGGAAAAUGGACUUGAUGAGAAGUAUUACAGAUGCAUAUGGAGUAUUUGAGGAAACGAGAGGUGGACUGGGAGAUGAAAUAACUUACAAUGCAAUGAUGGCUGGUCUAUCAAGCAUGGAAAGAGGUGACGACGUCUUGUUAAUUUUCAAAGAUAUGCAAAAUUCUGGUUGGAGACCAACAGAAUUGACUUUUGUGAGUGUCAUAAGUGUGUGUUUGUUGUCUAGAGUUGCUACUCAAGUACAUGGCCAAGCUAUUAAGAUGGGUUUUGAAGACUUUACGUCUGUGAGUAAUGCAGCAAUAACCAUGUAUUCUAGCUGUGGGGACUUGAAUGCAGCUCGCAUGGUUUUCAUGAGAAUAAAAGAGAAGGAUAUUGUGUCAUGGAAUGCAAUUAUAACAAGCUAUGCUCAAGAGAGUUUGAGUGAAGAUGCAAUCCUAGCGUACCUUCAGAUGCAAAGGGACGACAUUGAACCCGAUGAGUUUACAAUUGGAAGCUUAUUAGCGAGCUCCAAGCUGCUAGUGGUUGUUGAGAUGAUUCAAGCUAGCGUAAUAAAAAAAGCACUUAACUUGAAAAUUGAAGUUUCAAAUGCAUUGCUUUCUGCCUUUUCUAAUCUCGGGGAACUGAACCAAGCCAAUAAACUGUUCCAUGAAAUGUCCCAAAGGAAUUUGAUCUCUUGGAAUACAUUAAUUUCUGGGUUUCAAUUAAACGGAUUGCCUGUAUGCGGUUUGCAGCAAUUUUAUGAAUUGCUUCUAUCGGGAUUGAGGCCGAAUGUUUACACCCUUUGCCAUGCUUUGAGCAUUUGUGCCAGCAUUUCGGAUCUACAGCAUGGAAAACAGCUUCACGGAUACAUUCUCACAUCUGGGUAUUUUUCGCAAAUUUCUCUGGGCAAUGCACUCGUUACUCUGUAUGCUAAGUGCGGAGCUUUGAGUUGGUCCUUGAAAGUUUUUCAGACAAUGAUUGAAAAAGAUAUAAUAUCUUGGAACUCAAUAAUAUCUGCCCAUGCACAGCAUGGACGAGGCAAGGAAGCCAUUGAAUGCUUUGAGGCUAUGCAAGAUUCAGGUGGAAUCAUACCCGAUAAAGCCACCUUUACUGCAGUUCUUUCAGCUUGCAGCCAUUCAGGUUUAGUUGCUGAUGGCAUUAGGAUAUUCAGCUCAAUGGUCCGUACUUAUGGUAUGGAACCUGAAGUACACCAUUUUUCUUGUGUUAUUGACCUGUUAAGUCGAGCUGGAUUUUUGGAUAUAUCGGAGAGACUAAUUAACAUUAAGGAUAUCAACAUUGAUCCCAGUGUCUGGUGGACGUUAUUCAGUUCUUGUGUUGCUCAUGGUAAUCUAGAAUUGGGAAGUAUUGCUGCAAGAUUUCUUUUAAAUACUGAACAUAAUGAGCCAGCAGUUUAUGUUCUCUUGUCAAAUCUUUAUGCUAACGCAGAGAAAUGGGAAGAGUCGGCCGCUGUGAGGGAAUUGAUGAGGAGAUAUGGGGUGAUGAAGCAACCCGGUAGCAGUUGGAUCAGAUCAUAAAACUAAUCACUUUGUUUCUGACGUAAAUAUAGACACGAGUGUAUUCUAACAUGUGUGAAGAUGAACGUGGAAGAUACAAAUAAUAACAUAUUUACAUUGCAA